AAGACUGUUGAUUGUCUUUGCUGUCAAUUUUUUUACGAGUUGAGAAAUGAUAGCAAUUUUCUACAACCAUUUAGUAACUAAUCUAUUAUUAUAAUAAUUUGCAAGUCAUUUGAUAAUUGAAAUGACCGCUGUGCUAGGCGCUGGCAUGAGUGGCCUAUCGGCUGCUUAUUACUUGCUACAGAGAUUUGGAUAUCCUGCAACGGUAUACGAGGCGUCACAUCGCGUCGGUGGCUGGAUACGCACCGAAAGGCAUAAAGACAAGGGCUUCAUAUUCGAAAUGGGUCCACGCACCAUUCGUCCAAAGGGUAUUCAAGGCGCAAAUACAUUGCAAUUAAUUGAAGAAUUGAAGUUGCCGGUCGAUCCGAUUAAAUCGUGGCAACCGGCCGCUAAAAAUCGUUUAAUAUAUGCUAAAGGCCAAUUGUGCAUGCUGCCGAAUAGCUUAAGCGGAAUUUUCAAAACAUUGCCGCCAUUCUCAAAACCACUAAUUAGCCAAAUUAAACAAGAUUUAGUAGCCGGUCAAAAGAAAUUGAAGCUCGCUGAUGAAUCUAUUUAUGAUUUUGUUGAAAGACGCUUCGGCGCCGAAUUGGCUAAUUAUGCGAUAAGUCCAUUAAUAUGUGGAAUUUGUGCUGGUGACGCAAAAGAAAUCAGUGUGCGUUUUCUAAUGAAUGACUUAUUCGAAAAAGAACAAAAGUGGGGCGGCAUCAUAAAAGGCGUGGUAUACGAAAAACUAUUUGGAAAUAAGAACAAGACGGCUCCCGCGGGCCUAUUUGGGGAUUCAAUGCCAAAACUAUAUGAAAAAUCGCAGAAGGAGAAAUGGAGUAUGUAUAGAGUACCGGAUGGCUUGGAUACACUACCGCAAACAUUACGUAACUACUUACAAGAAAAGGAGGUUGAUAUUCAACUAACAUCGGAAUGCCGGGAAAUCAUAUUCACACGUGACGGUGUUCGAAUGAACAUCAAAGGUCAAGAGGUUGAACCAAAGCAUAUUAUUUCAUCAAUUCCAACGCACAAGUUGGCAACCUGCGUAAAAAAUCAACAUCCUUCUUUGUCAGCCUUACUUAUGGCUAUACAAUACGUUGAUGUAGCCGUCGUCAACUUACAAUAUAAUAUUAAGGAUUUACUUAAGAUGAAAGCUUUUGGUUUUUUGGUGCCACCCAUUGAGCGUAUUCCCAUACUUGGCGUUAUCUUUGACAGUUGUUGUUUCGAUAUGGAGGGCAAUACAAUACUUACGGUUAUGAUGGGCGGACGUUGGUUUGAGGAGAACUUCGGCAAGGAUCCAACACCCAAAAAGCUAUUGGACACAGCAUUACAAUAUUUGGAUUUGGUAAUGGGUAUAGCAGAGGAGCCACGUUUGACACGUGUGCACGUAUUGAGGAAAUGUAUACCGCAAUAUACGGUGGGACAUACGCAGCGAGUCUCCGAUAUACGACGAUAUAUCAAACACUAUAAACUGCCGUUGACAUUAUGUGGUGCAGCUUACGAUGGAGUUGGUAUAAAUGAUGUUAUACUAUCAGCACGAACUCAGGUAGAAUCUUUGCAAUCUUUUGAUGAUUAAAUUGUUUACAUUUAAUUGGUGGUGUAGUGUGGUCGAUUUAGACAAUGCAGUUAUAGGCUGUAAUAUUAUAUUGUUUUGCGAUUUUCUAUUAAUUUAUAUUGAAUU